AAGAAAAGAAGCGGUAGCCGUGAGGGCUAGGUCAAGCCACGUCAGCACAAUCCACACGUGGCAGAAUAUUAUUGGAAACUGUGAGGUGCCUUCCUUGAAUAAGUCGGUCAACCAAUUCUUUAAAUAGGGUCUCUUCCUCUCAUCAUUUUCUCAUCCUUCAGUUUUCUUCAACAUUAAUCAAUCGAUUUUCUCUCUCAUCUUCUCCCAAUAUCUCCGUCAAGAUGCAAAUCUUCGUGAAAACCCUCACCGGCAAGACCAUCACUCUCGAGGUCGAGAGUUCCGACACAAUCGACAACGUCAAAGCUAAGAUCCAAGAUAAGGAGGGUAUUCCCCCAGACCAGCAGAGGCUGAUCUUCGCCGGGAAACAGCUCGAGGACGGCCGUACCCUAGCCGACUACAACAUCCAGAAAGAGUCAACACUUCACCUUGUCCUCCGUCUCAGGGGAGGCAUGCAGAUCUUCGUGAAAACCCUUACAGGGAAGACAAUUACCCUUGAGGUCGAAAGCUCAGACACCAUUGACAACGUCAAGGCAAAAAUUCAAGAUAAGGAGGGCAUUCCCCCAGACCAGCAAAGACUUAUCUUCGCCGGAAAGCAACUUGAAGAUGGCCGAACCCUUGCCGACUACAACAUCCAGAAGGAAUCAACUCUCCACCUUGUGCUUCGUCUUAGGGGUGGUAUGCAGAUCUUUGUGAAGACUCUAACAGGGAAGACCAUCACCCUCGAGGUUGAAAGCUCCGACACCAUUGACAACGUCAAGGCCAAGAUCCAAGAUAAGGAAGGUAUUCCCCCAGACCAGCAGAGGUUGAUCUUUGCCGGAAAGCAGCUUGAAGAUGGCCGAACCCUAGCCGACUACAACAUCCAGAAGGAGUCCACCCUUCAUUUGGUCCUUCGUCUUCGUGGUGGUAUGCAGAUUUUUGUUAAGACUCUUACAGGAAAGACCAUCACCUUGGAGGUGGAGAGCUCCGACACUAUUGACAACGUAAAGGCCAAAAUCCAAGAUAAGGAAGGAAUCCCCCCAGACCAGCAGAGGUUGAUCUUUGCCGGAAAGCAGCUUGAAGAUGGCCGUACUUUGGCUGACUACAACAUCCAGAAGGAAUCCACCCUUCAUCUGGUGCUCCGUUUGAGGGGAGGGAUGCAGAUUUUCGUCAAAACCUUGACUGGCAAGACUAUUACCUUGGAGGUUGAGAGUUCAGACACCAUUGACAAUGUCAAGGCCAAGAUUCAAGACAAGGAAGGCAUCCCCCCAGACCAGCAGAGGUUGAUUUUUGCAGGCAAGCAGCUUGAAGAUGGCCGUACUUUGGCUGACUACAACAUCCAGAAGGAGUCUACCCUCCAUCUGGUUCUCCGUCUUCGUGGUGGUAUGCAGAUUUUCGUCAAGACCUUGACUGGCAAGACUAUUACCUUGGAGGUUGAGAGUUCAGACACCAUUGACAAUGUCAAGGCCAAGAUCCAGGACAAGGAAGGCAUCCCCCCAGACCAGCAGAGGCUGAUCUUUGCAGGAAAGCAGCUUGAAGAUGGGAGGACUCUUGCGGAUUACAAUAUCCAAAAGGAGUCUACCCUUCAUUUGGUGCUUCGUUUGAGGGGAGGAAUGCAGAUUUUUGUGAAGACCUUGACUGGUAAGACCAUCACCCUGGAGGUUGAGAGCUCGGACACGAUUGAUAAUGUGAAGGCGAAGAUCCAGGACAAGGAGGGUAUCCCCCCAGACCAGCAGAGGUUGAUCUUUGCUGGGAAACAACUUGAGGAUGGUCGCACCUUGGCUGAUUACAACAUUCAGAAGGAGUCCACCCUUCACCUUGUCCUCCGUCUUCGUGGUGGUAUCUAAGUUCAUGGUGUUGUUUUCUGUCUCUGAUGUUGGCUUUGAAGGAUUUAUUUGUGGUUUCUUUUAUGUUUUGUGAAUCUAGUAGUAUCCCUUGAACAAUGAAAACUUUAGUUUGGUUGGAAUUAAUUGUUGGUUCCAGCCUAUUGUGGGUUCUUUGAAUGAUUAGAACUUCAAGUUCUGUGAAUAAGAUGUUUCGUUUGUGACUA